AACAUCUUUGUACAAUCGUCACGUACCUAUAAAGUACAAAUUGUGAAUAGUCAAUUUCUUUUCGAGAAAUAAAUCAAAUGCUACGAUAUCGAACAACGGAACUAAUUCAGAGGGAAAAGAAGAGUGACUUUUUUUUUCUCUUCGUAAUUCGAUAACACGUUUCAUUCAGCUUUCACACAGAGAAAUUUUCAAAGUUUUUUGUAAAAUUUUUAACUCCGGUAAUUAUUGUUAAGACAACAACUACCGUGUAUAAGUGAUGGCGAUGAAAAAUAAUAUUUAAAAAUCUUCUAACGAACUAAAUUUUCGGUUUUUUCCAUCAAGCGUAAUCGAAAUUUGCAUUGUUUACUGAACUGCGAAUACCAAAAAUUUCUAUAAAACGAGGAAAACAAAUAAAAUAAAAAAGGGAAAAUUAAUGUUUUCAAGUUUAGGGCAUAAAAAAAGAAAGAAAAAGGUGCAACAACAAUUUGUCUCUUAUCACUGUAAAAUUACAAAAGAAUUUCUACCGCCUGACUCGCAACGUUGAGAGAAAAGUAGCGAAAAAAUAUCAGUCGCGCAACAAGGAUACUUAAAAUUAAAUUCCAAAUGGACGACGUCGCUUGUUGAAAAAUUUCACUUGCCAAACGACAACGUCGACGAUGCGUAAAGAAAUUUGAAACGAAAAUGGGUAUAAUUUUAUUUUUGCGAUUAUGAGCCGAUUUCGAGGGAUGCGAAAGGGUGAAAAGUUGGAAAAUGUAAAAAUUUGACCGAAGCAAAGAAGCGAAAUAAGUAAAUUAAGAAAAAAGGACUGCAACGACGACGUUGACGGGUGGGAGAGAGUAUAUAGAGAGGUGAUUGGAGUCGGCUUACUGUCAGUGAGUUUAGUGAGAGUGCCGUGUUAUUCGUCAGAAGUUUACCUCCAACCGUCCUGGACACAAGAAAACGCAAGUUAAUCGGACAAAAAUGCAGCUCGUCGCAUUCAUCUUGCUGGGAUGCUGCGUGGUCGCCCACUCAGUUCCGCUCUCCGACUCUUUGGCGGUGGAAAAAGUGCCGGAUUCCGAGGCGAAGAGAAGUUUCACCGAAUCUGAGGGCGCGCAAUUGUCCGAAAGUAGGAACACGAGGACGAAAAGAUCCGGGGGUGGAUCGGGGGGAUUUUUGGCGGGAAUCGGUAGCGCGAUUCUCGGCAAGGUUGCCGAGGCUUCGAGCGGCGCCAGCACCGGAAGUAGCGACGGAAGCGGAAAAUCGCAUCAGUACGAAUCCGUCGAAUAUGGACCGCCGGUGCACGACUACGACGAGAAGAACUUCGACGUAUGGUCGUUCAAGAAGGCUAUACUGAACACGCUCUUCCAAGCACUGAAGGCGAUCGGCGGGGGUGUGAUUGCCCUAAAGGGAAAGCUGAUCAAGGGGGGCGGAAUAGUAGUAUCGGCAAAGGGUAACAUAAUCAGCGCGAAAGGCGAGGCGAUAACGUCCCUCGGUCGUCACAUAGCCGCAAGUGCAGUUUUGACGCCGCCGAAACCUGUGCAGCAUUACCACUACGAACCGCCGGCCCACGUUCCAGUUUCAGGCCAUGAUUCCUACGCUGGUCCACCGCCCAGCGCGUAUGGUCACCAUGGAGGAUACGCGGCUCACGCAUCACCGGACAGCAGCUACGGUCACACGGCGUACGCAUCGCCGUCGGACGACGCAGAUAAUCCGGGACUGGUGAUAGUAAAACCUGCCGAAGACCCAGGAGUACUGCCGGCUAGCGAUCAGGACGAGGAAAGUUCACCGUAUCCGGUCUACAAACCGGAAUCCGAGCACCAUCAUCAUCAUCACGAAGUCGAGAUAAUCACCCCGAGACAUCCGCCGCUUUCGGCACUGUCGGAGAGCUUCGGGGGCAACCAAAAGGACUCUGGAUCAGGAAGCGGGGUCGGUAACCUGAUCAGCCAGAUAUCCUCCGCCUCGAGCUCGAGCUCGAGCUCGCAAUCGAAUAAGCAUCGCGAGGAACACCGUGAGGAACACCAUGAGGAGGAGUCUGACCACCACCACCAUCGCCACAACCAAGAAGAUGAACACGCCGAUCCACCGAAGCUGGACUUCUCGUCCUUGGCACUGCCGGCUCAGUUCGGUCGUCCACACUUUGGGAUAAGUCCUCUUGACUUUGGGAUGGCGCCAUUUGGGGCGGGUCACCAGGGUCUGGAUGACGGCUUCGUGAUGAUGAUGUUCCCGAAGCCGGUGGUCGAGGUUCCCGUCCUCCACUCGCAGGGUCCCAGGAGUUAUUUACCACCAUCGAAGAACUACAUUCAUGAGGAAUUCGGGAGCCUUCGUGGCGGUCCGCUUAAUUACGGACCCCUGACGAAGAGAUCCGGGGUCGGAAUGGCGUCGAAAAUUGGGGAGAUAAGAAUCGUUCCGUCGAUCGGUUACAUGUUGAAAGGCUCACGGGCUUUUAGGGGGUAGAGAAAUUCGGGGUUGCCAGAAAAGAUGACGGUUCCUGUAGGUCAUGUUUUCACCAUGGGAUGAAUGAGAAAGACGAGAUUGCGAAUAAUUUUCGCAUAUCGUUCGUUUGGUUUGUCAAGUCUGUGGCUUGAUAAGCGUCGUGUCUGCAUGGUCGAAUGGAUCGAACGUGAAAUACAGAUACGUACAGUGGACAAAAAAAAAAAAAAAAAAAACGCGACGGACUUGAAACGUGAAUAAAAUCCGAACGCGUCGACCGAUUUCUGAAAACUUUAUUUUACUU